UUGUGUUCUUCUUGCCUUCGGAUGUUACUCAAAAUAAGGAACAACCUGCCCCAGAAGAAAAUGCUAAGUUACAAUGUGAACUUCAAGAGGAGCCUUCAAAUGAGAAUACAACAAACACACAAGUUGUUUUCUUUGGAGGCUAUGCUUUCUUCAAGUUAAGAGUCUCUCUGAGUCCUUCAGCUUCCCAACCCAAUGACUGCACACUUUCUGCACCUGUGACAGAUGGACAACAGCAAAGUAUCCCUCCACCUUUCAAAUUUUUAGAGGAAGAAACUGAGCUGAAACCUUUGCCUCCCACAGUAAGUAAAAGGUCCUCAGAAAAUUUGAUGCACAUUCAGCAAGACUCUAAAUUUGAACAAAUAAAAGACAAAGACCUACAAAUUGCGGUGUUACAACGUCCCAAAAAGCAAACUCAGUUGUUGCAGGACCAACCUUUGUCACUCCAAGUUCACCCAUCCCUCUCCAUACUAAAACUUCCAGAUCUAACUCUUGAAGAUUUGCCAUCCCAAGCUCCACCAUCUCAAGCUGCACUAGUGCAAGCCCACUGGGUAAAACCCAUGCUAGCUAAGCCUCCAUCUCAUGCCACACGGUCUUAUAACCUGACAGUUGAAGACCUGCCCUCACAUGACAUACCACCCAAAGACACGCCAUCCCAAGACAUGCUUUCCCAAUCCCCAUCAGCACAAGCCUUGCUAUCAGUAGCCCCAACAUCCCGUGUUGUGCAGCUCCCUAACAUACACCUACUUCAGCAAUCUCCGGGUCUUCAACCGCAAAACAUUCAACCUGGAAACCAACAAUUUUUACAAGUAGCGUAUCAAGACAUUCAAUCAGAAGUCACUGAAGGGACCAAAGACUGGAAAUUUGAUGCAGGACUCCACGGCAAGAAAUUCUCAAAACAACAUUCCUUGGACCUUCAAAGAAAAAGCUGGCAAUUUCGAAGGAGGCAUUCCUUAGACCUGCAAAGCAAAGGCCGGCAAUCUCCAAGGCGGAGAGCUCUAGGCCAGCGAAUCAAAAACUGGCUAUCCUCAAAAAGACACUCCAUCGAUAAGCAAGUCCAACAGGGUCAAACCAUGGAGCAUCUUCCAGAUCAGCAAGAUGAAGAUCGGCAGGACAAAGGGGAGCAGUCCCCAAAGGGACAACCCAAAGAUGAACUAAAUGAAGAUGGGCAGACCGACAAGGAGCAGCCCCCGAAGCAACAAACCCAAGAUCAGCACACUGAAGAUGCGCGGGCCCAAGAGGAGAAAUCCACCAAGGAACAAUCCCAGAACCGUCAGGCUGAAGGACAACAAGCUCAAGUGGAGAAAACUCCAAAGCAGUUAUGCCUGGAUUGGGCAUCCCGAGUCCAGGACUACCAAUUCUGGCAAUUCCCCAAGAGCAAUCUCCAGACUCCACAACCCAAGACUGGCGAUCUUUUGGCCAAAACUUCCAAGACUGGAGAACUCAAGGCUGGAGAAACAAAGAUUGGAAAACACAGGAAUGGCAAUUUGAAAUGCAGCACUCCCUAA